AUGAAGUACCAAGCUGUUACGUCACCAGACGGAAUUAUUGUUCAUCCCUUUGGCCCUGAGCCCGGCUCGCGCUAUGACGCCUAUCUCCUUGCGCGCAGCGAAUUGGUGCAAAACUUGAAGCACAAGCUCGUCUUUGAUGGCACUCGCUUUGUCAUAUACG